AUGGCGAUUGGGUCAACUUGUUUUAUUUCCCCCCCACCCCCGACCGAUUCCAAGCGGCAGCCCUACUCGGGAGUAAGCCCUCCCGCGCCCCGCGCCGCUUACUGCCGAGUAAGCCGGGCGAAGCUGGCGCCGCGCGUCGGCAAACCAGACUUCGGUGAGCGGGCUGGCUUGGGAUCGGUCCCCCUUCGACGGCGCGGGGGCUCGAUCGCAUUUGCGAUCGAGCCCCCGCGCCGUCGAAGGGGGACCGAUCCCAAGCCAGCCCGUUCACCCAAGUCUGGGACCGACCUCUCCCGCGCCAGAAGGCGGCGGCGACCGGGGCCCCCGACGGCGGCGCCGGGCCCCCGAUACCAGUUCCGUCCAUGCCCCGCUCAGCCGAAAGAGAAUCGAGCCCCGUCGAAGGGCAGAGCGCGCCUGGAAAGGCAACCAGAGAGUAUGGCCCGGCUCCCCCCUCCCACCGACCCCCCCCCGUCUCUCCCGACGGACCCCUCCCGACGGCUCCCCCGAUCCCCCCUCGCCGGCUCCCUCCAGACAGCUCUUCCCCUGCUCCCCCCCUCCGGUUUCUCCCGACGGCUCCCCACCCCGACGGCUCCCCCCGUUCCCUCCAGACAGCUUUCCCCUCGACGGCUUCCCCGGUCUCUCCCGACGGCUCCCCUCCGGUCCCCUCCUGACGGCUCCCCCCCACCCCGCGGUUCCCCCCCCGUUCCCUCCAGACAGUUUGCCCCUCGACGGCUUUCCCGGUGUCUCCCGACGGCUCCCCUCCGGUCCCCCCUCGCCGGCUCCCUCCAGACGGCUCCUCCCCUGCUCCCCCCGGUUUCUCCCGACGGCUCCCUCCAGACAGCUCUUCCCCUGCUCCCCCCUCUCCGGCUCCCCCCGGUUUCUCCCGACGGCUCCUUCCAGACAGCUCUUCCCCUGCUCCCACCCUCCGGUUUCUCCCGACGGCUCCCCCUCCGGCGGCUCCCCCCCUUCCCUCCAGACGGCUCCCCCCUCGACGGCUUCCCCGGUCUCUCCCGACGGCUCCCUCCAGACGGCUCCCCUCCGGUCCCCUACCUGACGGCUUCCCCCCCAACCCGCGGCUCCCCCCCGUUCCCUCCAGGCAGCUUCCCCCUCGACGGCUUUCCCGGUGUCUCCCGACGGCUCCCCUCCGGUCCCCCCUCUCCGGCUCCCUCCAGACGGCUCCUCCCCUGCUCCCCCCGGUUUCUCCCGACGGCUUCCUCCAGACAGCUCUUCCCCUGCUCCCCCCUCUCCAUCUCCCCCCGGUUUCUCCCGACGGCUCCUUCCAGACAGCUCUUCCCCUGCUCCCACCCUCCGGUUUCUCCCGACGGCUCCCCCUCCGGCGGCUCCCCCCCUUCCCUCCAGACGGUUUCCCCCUCGACGGCUUCCCCGGUCUCUCCCGACGGCUCCCUCCAGACGGCUCCCCCCCACCCCGCGGCGCCCCCCGUUCCCUCCAGGCAGCUUCCCCCUCGACGGCUUCCCCGGUCUUUCCCGACGGCUCCCUCCAGACGGCUCCCCUCCGGUCCCCUACCCGACGGCUCCCCCCGUUCCCUCCAGACAGCUUCCCCCUCGACGGCUUCCCCGGUGUCUCCCGACGGCUCCCUCCCGACGGCUCCCGUCCGGUCCCCUCCGAUCCCCCCUCGCCGGCUCCCCCCGGUUUCUCCCGACGGCUCCCCCCCCCGCCCCCAGCGCUGCCCACCCACCUGCCCUGGAGCGGCUCCUCUCCUGCCGGGGCUCCUCCAUGGCCGGCCCGCUUUGACCUUGCCGAGCGUCGGGGCUUUUCCCAGCGACCCUCCGCCAGCCUGGGGACGCGACCCGGACGGGGGAGACGGAGGCAGAGGCGGGCGGGCAGAGCCGGGGCGGGCGGGCGUCCCUCCUGCCUUGGCCAGCCGCCCAGUGAGCCGGCCGGGGAGAAGCGGGCGGGGGCGAAGGACCGACGGGGGGGGGACGGAGGGAGGGAGGCCGGCCCUGCUCGGUUCCCACGUGCAGCAGGAGGAGCGGGCCGGCCCGGGCUGA